AUAUUGUUUUAACAGAUCAAUCCCGCGUCAGGACUUGACUCUGUUCGCUUCAUGGGUGAUUUCUUGUUCUCUCUGUUUUUUAUGGGAAGAAUGGCAAAGUGUUUUCUUAGCCGCGUGACUAAUCCAUCUUCUUGGUACGUUCUCUUUCACCGCUUGUUCAAAAGACCCCUGCCGCCCUCUCAAACAAUACAGCAAGGCGGCUGAGGUGGUGGGGGUUUGACUCCAUGUCGGCCUAACACGUUAGACGAUGCUUCCUCCACAUAACACCUCAAACAGGCCGUUGCAUUCGUCGAAGCUUUAAAAAAUUCCAAAAAUAAAUAAAUAAAUAAAAUAAGAAACCGCGAAACCCAGUUCGUUUCGGAAAACUGAGAAGAUAAUACUACCUGAACCACUUAGUUCUUCCAAUUUACAGACGCAAGGGCUGAAUAAACCCUAAAUUCCCCGCUUCUGCAUUUGGCUUUCAUCUUCUUCAUCUUCUUCAAUGGCUGAUUUCAAUAGAUACUCCUCUCAAAACUAUGCUCCCUCUGCACCUGUUCUCCCUGAAUCUUACGGGCAGGAGUCAACUUCUGAAUCUCAUCGGUACCAUGGCCAACAAUCCUCUGUUUCUCCUCAUCCUCAGCACUUUUCUCACCCUUCCUCGUAUGAGUAUUCUUCUGUUCCCCAAUACGGUGGUUAUUUUCCACCUGGGACGCAUCCGGAGAUUAUUAGAAGCUUUCAGAUGGUGGAUAGUGAUCGAAGUGGGUUUAUUGAUGAGUUAGAGUUGCAGAGGGCUCUCUCUUCUGGUUAUCAGAAUUUCAGUCUUCGAACCAUUCAGUUCCUCAUGUUUCUUUUCAAGAAUCCUAAGGAGCCUUUGAAGAUUGGGCCUAGUGAAUUUGCUGCGUUGUGGAGUUGUCUGGGACAAUGGCGAGCCAUCUUUCAGAGUUUUGAUAGGGACAGGAGUGGGAAAAUGGACUCCAUGGAACUGAAAGAUGCUCUUUACAGUCUUGGAUAUGCUGUCCCACCUUCUGUUCUUCAAGUUUUGAUCUCCAAGUAUGAUGAUGGAAGUGGCCGUAGGGUUGAACUUAAUUUUGACAGCUUUGUCGAAUGUGGAAUGAUCAUAAAGGGUUUAACAGAAAAAUUCAAGGAGAAAGAUAAGAACUACACUGGAACAGCAACUCUUGCCUAUGAUACAUUCAUGUCCAUGGUCAUCCCAUUCAUUGUACCAUAGAUCAGGUUUUGUUUUUAUCCAUUUCAUUGUAUCCUAUUGAUUUUUGAGGGUUCUGUUGUAUAUAAUAAUGUUUGUUUCCACAGUAUGAAGGAUAAGAACUACACUGGAACAGCAACUCUUGCCUAUGAUACAUUCAUGUCCAUGGUCAUCUCAUUCAUUGUACCAUAGAUCUGGUUUUGUUGUUAUACAUUUCAUUGUAUCCUAUUGAUUUUUUUAGGGUUCUGUUGUAUAUAAUAAAUGUUUGUUUCCACAGUACGAAAAUUCUCUUUCUGGCAAAUCAUGUGAGCUGCAUUCUGAUUUGCUCAACUUAAUGUUGUUUACUCAUUAUUUGGCA